AUGACCACGUUGGCCGGCGCUGUGCCCAGGAUGAUGCGGCCUGGCCCCGGGCAGAACUACCCACGCAGCGGCUUCCCAUUGGAAGUGUCCACGCCCCUGGGCCAGGGCCGCGUUAACCAGCUCGGUGGAGUAUUUAUCAACGGCAGGCCGCUGCCCAACCACAUCCGCCACAAGAUUGUGGAGAUGGCCCACCACGGCAUUCGUCCCUGCGUCAUCUCGCGCCAGCUGCGGGUAUCCCACGGCUGUGUCUCAAAGAUCUUGUGCAGGUACCAGGAGACCGGCUCCAUCCGCCCGGGUGCUAUCGGAGGCAGCAAGCCCAAGCAGGUGACGACGCCCGACGUGGAAAAGAAGAUUGAGGAGUACAAACGGGAGAACCCAGGCAUGUUCAGCUGGGAAAUCCGUGACAAAUUACUCAAGGACGCGGUCUGUGAUCGGAACACAGUGCCCUCAGUAAGCUCUAUCAGCCGCAUCCUGAGGAGUAAGUUCGGGAAAGGUGAAGAGGAAGAGGCUGACCUGGAGAGGAAGGAAGCCGAGGAGAGCGAGAAAAAGGCUAAGCACAGCAUCGACGGCAUCCUAAGCGAGCGAGGUAAGCCAGGCCGGCGGUUGGGCUGGGCGCUCUCGGCCUUGGCCGGCGCAGGUUCUCGAGCGCUGCGCUCCUCUUGCAGUGAGUCUUCGCUCCUAGCCUUUACACUAGGAGCAGCGCGGUGCAGCGCCGCGUGCGGACCCGGUGCGCAGGAGCUCGCGCUGGGCACGGGGCGCCCCGCGGAGUCCAUCCUUUCCGCAGCGGGGCGCGGGGACCCGCCGAGGGUUGGGACCGGCCCCAGGCCCUACCAUCCCCCGGCCCCGUCCCCGCCCCCCGCCUGGCCCUCGCGGAGGUCGGAGCAGGCUCAGCCCGAGGAGCCCGGCCCCGGCACCCCGGGGCUGUGGUCACUGCCCGCUCGGCGGCCGCUCAAUGGGCGCCUGUGUUCCACCCCCGGCGCGGCCGAGCGCGCCCGCGGGCGCCGCCACAAUGGCCGGGGCCCCCGCUCCAGCGCCCCGCGCCAAAGCGCCGCGCCGCCGCCCCCGCCCCUGCGCUCCGGCCGGCUCGGAGCUUAG